GGCGGACACAGGCCCCUCAGGGAAGGAUCUUGACAACAUGAAGUACCCUCCAUAGAGGAGGACAUAUGGAAUAAUAUGGAUGUCAUUUCUCACCUUUUCUGGGUUCACUAGGAUGGCAGAGGACCUGUUCUCCUACUUCUUCCUUCUGGGUUUGGUUGCUUAUCCCAGUUUCUACUAUAUCCUGCGUUGGAGCCUGGUGCACAUCUGCAAAAUGGAGUUCUGCUUUGCCGUCUAUAUAACUGCCAGACUUGUCUCCUCAGUGCAGGCCAUUAUGGCUUCCACAGUUGGCUACAUCAUCUCUACAUCCUGCAAGCACAUUAUCGAUGACCAACACUGGCUGACUUCUAACUACACCCAGUUUGCAGUCCCUUACUUCAUCUACGAUAUCUACGCUAUGUUCCUGUGCCAUUGGCACAGGUACCAGGUCAAAGGGCACGAGACAAGAUGCAUUGAGACCCAGACGCUGCACACUGCCAUCCGUGCCUACUUGCACAAGGAAUUACUGAUGGUGAUUCACCAUCUUUUCAUGGUGUUGGUUUGCUUCCCUGUGUCUGUGCUGUGGCGUCAAGGCAAAGGUGACUUCUUUCUGGGUUGUAUGUUGAUGGCUGAACUCAGUACCCCUUUUGUCUGCCUUGGGAAGGUUCUCAUCCUGUACAAGCAGCAGCACACCCUUCUCCACAAGGUGAAUGGCAUGGCCAUGCUAGUCACAUUCUUCUUCUGCCGAAUCCUGCUCUUUCCUUAUAUGUACUGGGUAUAUGGGCAGUACGUUGGCUUGCCCUUCUACCGUGUACCCUUUUCCAUCCCCGCUGAGUACAACUUGGGAUCGGCCAUCCUCAUGGCUCCCCAGAUAUACUGGUUUGGUCUCAUCUGCCGUGGAGCAUUCCGUGUCUUCCGUGCCCGGGGUACCACCAAGGAACAAGUAUUGCGAAAUGGGCACAGGAUGGAUACCCAGGCACUGGACUAAUGGCUCUCUUGCCCCCUCCCUCAGCUGCAAACGGACAAGCCGCCUUUUUCCCCUAUGACUUAUUUAUUGGGGUGAUGGGAGGGAGUGGGGAAGCUGGCUCCUAAGCCAAAAGGGAAAACGGGAGGGUCUGGGAAGGGGGUGGUGGUGUCUCAAAGGAAGUCUUUAGAGGGCAUGAAACCAAAGUAUUCCUUGGUUUGCUAAUGUGGAAAUCCUUUGUCAAAGGAACCCCUCUAAAUUUGCAAUGCUGUUGAUGUUUUGAAAUGUCUAUGAGUUGGGUAGGGUUUGAACCAGAGUGUAGUCCUAAACCAAAGGGAAUAUUGAGGUUAUCUAUGUUGGGGAGAUAUUGACACCUGUGGGGCACCACAUCAAGAAUCAAGUGGAUGUGGGCCUGUAGAGCAAAACCAGGUUUCUAAUGUAUCAGGGCUCUGCCAAGCCAACAAACGCAUAAUGGUUAUUGCUUGCUAGACUAUGAUUAGAUGACCUAAGAGUUUUUGAGCAUUGCUAGCCAAGGAGAGACCCAUGUGGCUUGCAUGGGGACGAUACUAUUUCCUGAAAGCAAGGGUUAUAGGAAGAUUAAGUCAAAUUCUCCCCAAUCCUAUUUUCUCUAGACUUGCAGAAUCUCUAUCACAUGUAAACACGAUGGAGAAAUAAUACUGGGUUUGGAUUGCCCUCGCCCCAGGCAGCAAUAGGGGAAUCUAUCAGCAGAAUUAGUUAUAUUUGUAGAAUAACCAAUAAGGAAACACUCUUUAUCAUUUUUUUUUUUGGAUGCUAGUAAAAUAACAUGGUCUUCAGUAUUACUGGAAUGUCAUCUACCCAGGAUAUUUAAUUCAUUCAUAUGUGGGUGCGGGUGUGAUCUGACACACAUGCGCACACACGUUUAUCCUCUGUAGCAAGAUGAUCAGAGGGGUGCUGCUUAAAGAACACAUGCCCCCCUCCCCAUAGCAAUAACCAAGCAGGGGAAACAUCCCUCUCCUCUUGACACCUUCUCUGUUUCAGCACAGAAUUCCUUCACUGCUCACUCUUAGACCCCCUCCUCACUUCAUAGGGCAGGAAUCUAGCUGUAAAUAAAGAGCAGGG